AUGAGAGCAUCUACUUUAUCUUUAGCGCCCAUAAGCUCCUCAAAGGGUACCUCACGCUUGUCACCCUCAGCAUCGAAUUCAAACAGAAAGUCAACAAAGAUUGUAGAUGAAAGAUUGCGGAAGAGUAAAACAAAAUUAGAUCUACCUUUUCCUGGUUUAUCUUUACCACCUUCCAAAAAAAAUGAACUCACCCACACCGAAAAGGAAAUCAGCAGGGCUUCCUCUCAUGACGAUUCUCGGAAAGAUUUAAAUCAAUCUGGGGAGAUGCUAUCUAAAAAUGGUCUGUCCACAUUGCUGAAUUUAAGCUCUUCUAAAGAUGAGGAUCAAGUUCAAAUCGAUUCACUACUUUUUAGAAAAAAGUUGGAUGAAACAGUGGGGGAUAUUGGAACAAAGGUUGUGAAGAGUAUGGGUUGCAUCCAAUCUUUACUUUUUCUCGUAUUAGAACGCGCGGCAAGCUCUCUCUGUCAUUUUGAUUGUAAUCAUGCUACCGGGCAUACCGACGACAAGGUAACCACGGAAUCUAUUUCUCGUGAUUGGAAAACGAUUGUUUCGGAUUUAUCAUCGGAGAACACACAUGAUUUUAUUUUUAACUUAACAUGCGCCUAUACUUCAGAUAUUAAACCGAAGCCUCAAUCCUCACUAAAAGAUGAUAUUGACCUUUUUGCGUCUAUGUUUGCGGCUACAUUCAAGAGUGAAAUAACGUGUUCUGUGUUGAGGUACUGUGCGAUGUCACGCACCGCGCGAUCGGUAUCUCCAUCAUUCUGUACCAAUGAUAUACCUUCAAUAUUUUCCGUCCUCUCUAGUGAAACCAGAUCUUCGUUAUCAGUGGAUGCCCUAAAAGUCAGUAAGAUAUUGAUCCUUGAAGAGUCAAUACGCCAUAUCUCCACAUGCGCUUGUCGUGUGUCUCAGUCCAAUGUCCAUCAGCGAAAUACUUUUGUCCGGCAGUUAGUGGACUCGUUAGAUGCAGUGGUGAUCCCUAUGCGCAUACCAAAAAAAAAAAUGCAUAUUGCAGGAUGUAGGUCUGGAGGAGAUCAACGUUUGGGUAUGUCCAAAGCUAACAACCACAAUGCCCAGCGUACUAUUUCAAAGCCUAGUACGCAAGGAAGCUUGUCUAACAUCCUUUCAAUCCUGGUAUUUAAACUUCAUUUAGCAUAUAUCCUACUAGAAGAGCGUCAUCAUGCUUCCUUACAAUUAAGCAGUCAUUCUGAGUUCACCGAACAGGAGAAGCUGUGGAGGGUUGAGGUUGGUCGUGAGCUACUCCGUGUCGUUACCAGCGAUAACAACAUUUACGAGUUUCACACCUCUGAGCCUACGAAGAAAGGAAGGCUUGAUUCCAUCAAAUACAAAAAGAUCAAAGGAUUUAGCGCAUUGUUAAGCUAUGUGCUUCAAGUUAAGACAUCAAAUUCUAAGCUGUCGUUGGAUAUAGCAGAUCCAGGGGAGUUGACGAACGUACGAACAGCUUUGCAUCAUGUGUUGUUGCUGUACCUUCACAUGCUCCCUGAUAGGGUUGCUUCCCAAUGCGGUAACAUAGGGGUUUUGUCUUCAUCGGAAGAGGGAGCGUAUGCGACUAAAACGAUAAGAGUACUGAAGCAGAGCAUUAACAAUACUUCAGUUAAUAUUCAUGAAGAAAGUGGUGGUUACAAAGGCACAGGUCGAUACGAACAGCUUAAAAGCGAUGAGAUGAGGGUCUUGUCCAGUCUCACUGAGGCCUGGCUUACACACCAGCACACUUCACGCGUUGAGGAUGCUGCUGCUUUUAUCGAAUGGCUUCGCUUGGUUCCUGUUUUGAUGACUAGCAUUUCAAACGUUGUAGAGCGUUGUUUGGAAUUAGAGAACGUGUCGCUCAUUUCGACAAAUCCUUGUGAAAAUCGUGAGGAUGAGCUUAGCCGGUUGACAGUUGUGGCUCAAAAGCUUUCAUUACUCUUAAAUGAAAUGCUUUUUUAUGACUCAUCUGCCUUUGAAGCAACACGGCAAGUUGCCUCCACCAACGCCGAGAUAAAAACUGGAGACGAUAACUCAUCCGAGUCUCCUGCGGAGGAUAUGGACAAUGAUCCGGUCCAGCGUUUACGCAGAAAACGCUCCAUUUUCAACAAGGGUAGACCAUCGGAUGGCGGUGUGCUGCGGGAGGUGGGCGAGACCACAGUGUCUGCACCCCUUUGCACAAAUCGGGGGGUCAACAAGGGGGGGCCUUCUCGUUUUGUUGUUCGAAACUCCUCACGACUAAGAGGUGAAAUAACUGAGAGAGACGGCCACAAUCACAACACCCUGGGUCGAAUGGAAGAAGGAUCGAGUGCGCUUUUCCGUGUCCUUGUCCUUUCACAAGACGCCGUACCGACACUUCUCGAUGCCUUUUCAACUAUGGCUAAAUAUGAAAACAUAAAUCUCAGUGAAAUAUGGAUUGAUAUGAUUUACUCUAUGGGGCGCCUUCAGCAACUUAUUUAUGGGAAACCCCCAUCAUUACAAAAACAUUUAGCAGCGACACCGGUAAAGUGGGAUUCGAGCCCUACUAAAGAUGGUCAGAGCCUUGUAGGAGGUGACAAUGUAGUAUCCCUUUUGGAUAAGAAAAGUGUGAAGGAGCCCAUCGUCCAUCACGAUCCAAGCUCUUUGACUGAUAUAUCUCUUGAGGAUUUUCCGCAUUUACUUGCAUUGAUACCAAUCUCUUCGAUUAAUAAAUCACAUUAUCAUCGAGUGUUAAAUAUUAUUUGCAAUAUUCAAAAGAUGAUUCCGUUGAAAAUAUUUGACAGCACAUUGCGGAUGGCAAACACGUUGAUGAAAGUCCUUCUGGCUCAGUAUCAAAAAAUCAAGCAACUCGAAUCACUGACGGCUGGUCGUAGUAUCAGCUUUAAGAUGGAUGUAAUUCGUCAAAGAAAUGAACUUUAUUCUUUUCUUUUAACAGGCAGUCACGAACUUCUCUGGGGCAAUUCCUCUUUUGCGUUUGCGCAAGGGAUUCAAGUAACGUGGAAGUUGCGCCUGGGCUUUUUCUCUGGGACACCGUACACACCACAACGGGCGAUGACAUCAAACACGCUGACUCAAAAUAUAUAUCAGGUUAUGGUGAGGAUCGGCAAGCUUUCUUUACAGCAGCCGAACAAAAUUCCUCCCAUUAUAAAGACCUCGAUUGAUAUUUUGAAGAUGUGUACAUCUGCACCUGCGGGUGGUUCACUAGCUCCAUACCAAAUUCCACUCAGUGUUUUUGGUGCUCAAAUGUGCUCUGUGUCUAUUUUGCAUGGUGUCUCCAUCCUGGAUUCGUUACACAGGAAUUGCAUUAAAAGUGUAACUCCUCUGACGUCAAACCUGCCUGAAACUAAUAGGAGUAAACCCAUAAUCCAGCUAAUCGAAUUAUUUUCUUCAAAUUAUCGUCUCUUGCUUCUUUGUUGCUACCCAAUAUUUUUUCAAAAAUUGUACGAUACCAUUAUAGACGUUAUCGGCAUUCACGAAGAGUUUGUCGCGCAAUUUGUUGGUCAGCAUCUUUUACCAGUUUCGAUGACUAUGGUUUUAAUUAGUUUACAUAAUUCCAGAAACUAUGAUACACCUAGUGCGCACACUUUUCUUUGUGAACAGACGCUUAUGCUCCUAGCUAUAUUAUCCCACUUCACAGAGUAUCAAAUUAGAUAUUCGAAAGACCGAGCAAGGAUCCACUCAAGCACAAUGGGGGUGCUGCAGCCGUGGAUCGAUAUCCUCAUGAGUGUGAGCAUCUAUUGUUUGAGGUUAUCAAAAGGAGGAGAUGGAAUCAUGCAAUCUGGGGAUUUACACUUUGUCCCUCCUUUUCUUCCACAACCUUCAUCACUACCUGGGUCUAUGUGGGAAGACGUCUCGUUAGUUCUCAAGGAUCUUUUGACGUUCUUGACUCCCUUACAGGGGGCGUCUCAUAGUAUGUCUGCAGUUGGAGCUGAGAAUGUCCAGCCCACUACGGAAUCCAAAAUGCCUGAUGACUGCACACGUUUCUUCCUACGUUUUCUACACCAUUCUAAUGACUUAUACCCAUCCAAUAUCUUUCAUUGGUCUCGUGGAGAUCACUUCAAUCAAAUUUUAGAUGCAUUGCAUGUGUACAGCUUCAAAUUGGAGAAUAGUGCGUCUUUUAGUGCAUAUCAUGUUAAUGUCUCUUCUGCUGUAAUGAGUGUGACCACUCAUGGGAAUAUUGCAGACAAAAAGCGAGUGCAGCGGUACCGAGAUUUGACAAUGGCGGGAAUGAAUAAUACCAUAGUGAAGGUCAUCGAUACUAUCGACGACAACAUUCUGGUGUCAUUUGAGCAGCAACACGAGAUGGCUCAGCGCUGGUAUGGUGUACUUGCCGCUGCCCAGAUUCCCAGUACAAAGCAAAUCGGUCCCGCUGCCCUCCAUCAGCACAUCGUUAAUGCACAGAUUCUUGUAAAAUUGAUGCGUUUUUUGGUCAAAAGCAUACGUCAAUCAUUAAGGCUAAAUGCUACACACGCGCAACUUCAACCCACUGUUAUUUUGAAUACCGGAACCAUCACCACCAUGAAUGAGGCGUGUGUCAUUGCACUUGACUAUAUGGGAUGCAUCAGAGCCAGUGGGGGGUGGUAUAUGGUGUACUGGAUCCUCAGUAUCGCUGAAAUGGCUGUCAGUGUUGAAAAAGUAGCUCGGCAACGUGUGAGCGAGACCACACGCACCGUUAUUAUAUCUUCUAUUUUCUACCAGCUGCGAGCGGUGCCAUCGCCGCCGCGAGAUCAUGUUUCAUUAAUGAGCUUUUCUUAUCUUUCAAAGACCCUUGCGAGCCUUUCUGAUAUCCUAUCGAAGGGGCGAUCCACGACACUCUUGGGUAUCAGCAGACGGGAGCACCUUACGGGACUUCUAGGGGAACCUUCUGCUGACGACCUUCGAAGCGUUAUUUUUGGUAUCAAACAAAGUGUACUAUACAUCGAGUCUGGAACACGUCCCCUGCGGCGGGCACGUCCCAUAACAUCGGAGGAAGCGGAUGCUACUGAAGAAGAUGAGAUUGCUUUUGAAACCACAAGCGGUGAUUCGUUUGCAGGCAUUGAUAACCCCGGUGCGUUUUCCAGGAGUGGUUCAAGAGAAGCCGUGGCUUCUUACUACGACAGUACACUAAAGGGAAAUAAGGAAGGCACAGCCAAGGUGGAGGAUAAAAAACUUGAGUUUCGUAGACUCAUGCACUCAAUUGUAGCAGCAUUUGACGUUAUUCUGGAAUGCAUUUUACACCACUUGCUUCGCCAAGGAGUCAUGCAGAAGGAUUUGAUGAGUAUCGUUGCCAUAUCCUACAACCUUCUGUGCCGUAUCUUUUGUGAAUGUGUUUUGGCACUUACCGAACUGCCGAUAAAGUAUCGAUUGCGUUUCAACCAGAGUGAGUUUGGGAUGUUGCUGUGGUCAGGCCUGAGCAUAGUAGCAAAUAUGUCGUGUGCGUGGCAUACAGAUGACAGUGUAGGGACUGUUUUCUUUGUUGGCCGUGUCUUCCGAUCGUCCCAGGAUUUAGUACAUGCAAUACAGCGUUUGAUUGACUGUUUUCGCCCAGAGAACAUCCUCGAAGCGGAUUUCCAGAAUAGAAUCGAUCUUUGCCGUCAAUACCCUAUUUGCUCCACACUUAUUCGCUCUCUUCAUGAAAUGACGCAGGAUGUACUUUAUAUUCAAAAAAGGUAUUUUGGUGUUGCCGAUCGCUACUCGAGUAACGAUAAUUUCACCGAGGUCCUGAAAGCGCUUUAUGUGUUGUUGAGUCACGCGGCUAAGCACCCCGCCACUGCAGGUGUCGCUCAUGAAGUAUGGAAAGCGAUACACUUUGAGCUAGCCUCGGUGGCUCAUGCACCGAAACAUCACUUAAAGAACCAUAAGAAUACGGGGACGGUGGAUAGUAACAACAUCUUUCUUCAGGUACCGUCUCUUACAGAGCUCGAAUGGGCCUUGAAGGCUUUUAAGGAUAUUGCUUACACUUCAGCUAGUCAUUCCAGCGUUGGUUUAGCGGCCCCUGGGUCUGGGAAUCCUUUAUCUCAGUAUUGCUACGAGAAUAUUGAUGAUCUACUACUUGUUUUUCGGGAAAGUUCAACAGCCCUCGUUACCCAGCGUAAGGCAUCUCCCACAGAGGAAAGUGGGAACAAAGAGGAGGGAACGAUCUUAACGGACGCUACUAUUAACUAUGAUUCCUUUCUUCCAAAAGACAGCUAUGCCUUGGAGUUUUUGGAUGAUUUGUGCGUAGAGGAAGUUUUGAGAAGUGAGGCGCUACCUGUGGAAAAGGUUGUGGAUAUUGUGAUUCAGCAAGCAAAAGGUAUCCUUAUGUUAAGGAACAUUCGUUUGGAUUUUCCGAAUUCCAUGUUAAGAAAAAAGGGUCGUUUUAGCUCUCCACAAACACAGCACCAAGUGGCGGCAUAUGUAAGAAACUUGCUUGGAUUAUUCAAUGCAUGCUCCUUAGCUACUAUAUGUCAGAAUCCUGGAGUUGAGGACCUCUUUAUGAGUUUUAGAGUUCUGGUGGAUUUGGAGACGAUAGAGGAAGAGUCAGCGGAAGACCUGAGUUCAACUUCCAAGACAACUAUCCAAGGGUCUCAUAGCACGGAAAUACUUUUGUGUGUCAAGCAACUUUGGGAGCAAUUACGCAGUAAAAUGCAAAGGGAGCUGCUUGACACCAAUGAGACUGUAUUUCAUAGGCGGCAAGACGAGUUGACAAGGUUAGUGCGUAGACAUCUAGAUGGUCGGCUGAGGGGGAGGAAGGAGCGAUCGCCUAGCACGGGCAGCAGACCCGACAUGUUUGCCCUUGGUUCCUGCAGUGAUAGCAGAAAGGAGCAAUGGCUAUUCUCUAUCCUAUCAAAAAGAUCACCGACCUCACGAUAUCCGUCGACCGAUAUGAACGCUGUUUAUGAGGCCUUGCUCUUCACGGAAGCAGGUGUGAUUUGUGCUCACCCUUCAAGCGCCGAAGCCGACUCCGCAUCACCAGAUCAAUCCACCAAGUAUGUCGACCCUGUGCUCGAGAUGGCCGUUUCCACGGCGAAGCUUUUGGAAAGACAUCUACCGCUCAGCGUUGUUUUUGCCCUUCUACAGGUUUUCAGUAGCAUAAGCUCUGAAAGCAAUGAGUUUCGCAUGCUAGUAGAAACCGUUUGUACGUAUGUAUCGCGUCAGUACGUGGUAUUACGACCGCUCCUCGAAGACACAGCGCUGGAUGUAUUACCGUUGCUAGGUCUUCUCCAACCUUGGCUUGCAUGCAUUCGAUCAGAAGGGGAGUCCGCACUGCAUCCCAAUCAUAAGAAUGCCAAGCCGGAAACAGACCAACUGAAUGAAGUGAUUGCCCGUUGCAGAGUUAUUUCCCUUUUAUCACCUACCAAUGGAUGUGCCGAGCCGGUCCGGGGUACCUUUUUCCGUCCGAAGCAGCGUGCUCAACUUCGUCGUUACUUUGCCGAAGCAUCUGGCAUCAAAGAAGAAGUUAGUGCGGGUUUGGAGCGAAUCAACUCGGAGGAGGUCUUAACAUAUGGGUAUAUUCGAACUACUAUCCUUUAUCUGCACCUUCUGUCUCUACAAAUCGUGGUUCUCAGCCGUUUUAACCUCCAGGGUAGCAUCAUCGAGGAGUUAAAAUUGUUUUUGAGGCAACAGGCCCAUGACCGGAUUCAGUCCGCUAAGCGGUGGAAAGUUCAGUCCAGUGCGGCAUCUGGUGUAGAAACCGUUCAGGGCAUUGACCCCAGCGCGGGGCUUCCUUUUUCACUGCUCCUACGUGGAGACUAUUCACCAUGGGCGACUAAUGACCAGAUGAAGACGGAUCCCUUUGUGGCUGCUCUUCAGCACUUUGCCAACGUCAGCUUCGUACUUUUGCGUCACACUGACAGUCUCACGCACUUCGCGGCGGUGCAAGCUAUGUGUGAAAAAGGUCAUGAAGCUUCCAACAUCUCUUUAUCAUCCGAGAAUCCGAGCACCAGAUGUGUGGCCUUUGCGGAUGAGCUGCGUCAUUUAGUCGCCAGCUCCCUGCAGAGCAUGUUCAAGACUGUUUUAAGCACUAGUGAGCAUACCUUGAUUCCGCUUGCCCGCGUCGUUGUUCAACACCUUAUUAGCAGCUUCCCUUGCGAAGCUGUGAUGUCUAACCCUGCCGUUAUGUCAGCAGCAGCUAAAACGAAGGACGGCCAUAAGAACUUUGAGCAACUGCACCAGCAUUGGCGUUUCCAACGACCAGAAUGGUUUGUUGCUAGUCCAACUAUGUUAGAGAUACUCACACCUUCUUUCUUUGCACGCUAUCUGUCUACCAGCCAUAUUUCCACUACAUCCACCUCAGUCGCAAGUUCGAUCGCGACAAGUCUUCUCGUUUAUGAGAAACGCAAGGACAUUUCGUUGCCACCGCUGCUCAUGGCUACAACCGCCCUUCUUGGCACCGCGUCCAAGAGCAUCACCCCUCUCCGUCUGCUCUGUGAGAAUCUUGCGCAGGACAUGGUGAGACGAGAGGACUUUCUACACGCACUAGUGCCCCAUACAGCGGCUGCACUCACUCACAGGGCCUCUAGCUUUGUUUCCAAUGAGGUUCUUAUCCCUUUCCUUGCUGCCAUAGCACGCGAAGACGUCCAUGUGUCGAAGCAGACCCUGUCAGUUCUCCUGCAUACAGCCAUGCGGAUGCGUCCAGACGUUUUUGGUCAUCCCCCAACGCCUAAACGACAAGGGAUGCUGAGUCUCUUGCAACCUCUUAACCAAGAUGCCACUGGUCACGGCGACUUUUUGCGCAUGACUCAUUCUCUAAGCUUCCCGGCGUCGCCGUCUUCGUUAGAAAAUGAGAUGGACAGCCAAAGGGGUACUGAAGUUGUCCAAAAGGGAGAGGAGGAAAGCAAAGGGCUCGCUUCCCCCACCACAGAACCACAUCAAUCGGUAAGUGACGUUGAAGGGGAAGAGCUAACUGCUUUAGACGCCCUUAGCAUGCACCUAAAUGAUGAUGUUGCUCUCACACACCGACAAGUAUUAGAGAGGUUGAAUAUUAGCCUGGCCACAACUUUUGAGGUUGCAAUGCAUAUGCAAGUCUUGAGAACUCUUAACAAGGAAGAGUAUCGUCAUGCAGCAAACAUGCUAAAGACUGCGGACGACGAUAGAAGAGAGCGUAUCAACACCUCCAUCUUACAGGCGAAUGAUGCUAUCUCAGCACCACAACAGCCAUCCUCAUUAUGCCAGCCCCUUAAUGGUAAAAGGUUUGACCGCAAAAUCGACGAGGCCCACAUUAAGAUAGAUGCCUCUCUUCAUCUCAAGGAUCAUAUGGAUUAUGGUGUCGCCCUCCUUCACCUCCGGUUUGCUCUUCGCAAGAUUAUUCAUGCUUCGUUUCGACGGCUCGCCAGGCAUCAGCUUCCCAGUGCUCUUGCCAAGAUGGCUGAGGCCUUGUAUGAAGUGGAUCGGCCCGGUUCUCUAACUCGCCCGAAGACGCAACAGCAGAAGCGAGAGACAAAUGACGCAACUGAUGUACGUCCGAAUGUCUUGCAUAGCCCCAUGCUUCUCGGUACCCUUCGUGUUUUUUCUGCGAGGGCGAUUCUUUGUGCCCAAAGCAUUGGUUACAGCCCUAAUGGAACACCCAUAGUUCUCAGGGUCACCUCACGGGCGGAUCCCACCGCGCCACAGACUGGGGACAUUUCGUCGCCGCUUUUGUUAUCACAGCAUUCCUCAUCGUCUAGUCAGUCGACGCGGUCUAAAUUGAAGUAUUCAGAGGUGAACGCCAAUGAUACAGAAGCUUUUGCAGGGUUACAGAGCCUUGAGGAAGAAGGAGAGCUCCAAAAGAUUACCGCAGAGGCGAAUUCCGCCAUCGCGGUGUCCUCAUCAUAUAUGCGCUUAACGCAGCAAAGUCGGCUUCGAAUUAAUCACGCACUUUCUUCCAUGAAGCGGGAAUCUAUUACGAUGAGUGCCUCAGAAUCCUUGCGAAAAACUCCGUUAACUAAACGAUAUCAUAACAAUAGGAAGGGUGUCUUCUGA